AGUAAACAUUCCGUCACUCACAGCGUUAGUCACACAGUUUCAGUGUCGCAAUAAACUUCAGGAGCUCACUGUUGAUCCUUCAGCAGAUUUUCUUAAAAACGUAACACUGCCGCUGAAAUUAAUCACCUGUGGAUUUUAUUUUUACUUUUAUUUUUUGGCUAUAUUUUUAAAUUUCCUGGUAAGAAAAUGUCACGCCAGAGCGCUCUGGAUUUGGACAGAUACAGCAGCUUGGAUAAAUCUCGUCGGACCAACAGUCGCAGCCAAGCCAGGGCCCAGGCCAGGUCCGAGGGCCGGUCCGAGGGCAGGCCCGAGUCUAGGGCCGAGGCCAGGAACGGGGACGUCCUGUGUGACUUCUGUACACCAAGGAAGCAGAAGGCUGAGAAGUCCUGCUUGGUGUGCUUGGCGUCCUACUGCGAGACUCACCUCCAGUCUCACUAUGACUACCCCACCCUGAUGAAGCACAAGCUGGUCAAAGCUACGGGUCAGAUGAGAGAGAAGCUCUGCGCACAGCAUGACAAGCUGCUGGAGGCUUUUUGCCGCGCUGAUGAGACGUCGGUAUGCGUUUUGUGCAUGAUGGAUGAACACAAACACCACGACAUCGUCCCGGCUGGCACUGAGAGAACUGAGAAACAAAAACAGCUUGGUGUCACACUGCACAAAUCUCAGCAAAGGAUUGAUCAGAGGGUUAAAAAGUGGCAGGACCUCCGACAGGCUGUUGAUGCACUUAAACAUUCUUCUCAGAUGGCCUUAGAGGAGAACGAGCGCAUCUUCACUGAGCUUCUGCUUUCCAUUGAGAGGAAGUACAAUGAAGUCAAGGAAAUGAUCCGCACCCAUGAAAGGACCACUGUGACCCAGGCUGAAUUACUGCUGAACCGUUUGGAGGAAGAGAUUACUUUGAUGAGGAAGAAGCACAAUGACUUGGAGAAGCUUUCACACACAGAUGAUCACAUACACUUUCUACAGAGCUGGCAGUCCCUGUCAGGCCCCUCAGGAUAUGAAGAUCUCAACAAAAUCAACGUUGCACCCUAUUACUCUUUUGAGGCUACCAAGAGAGCCAUUGCUUCACUGAAAUUACAAAUAGAAGAAGUCAGCAAAGUAGAGAUGAGCAAAAUCUCAGGAACAGUGAAGGACGUGCACAUCACAGAAGAAAAUGAUACAAAAUCAAGAAGAGAAUCCUUUUUGAGGGAUGAACCAAAGAUAAGAGAAGAACCAAGAACAAGAGAAGAUUUCUUGAGAUAUGCUAGUCAGCUGAUUCUGGAUGUCAACAGCGUCCAUCCCAACCUUCACUUGUCUGAAGGUAACAGAGUUGCCACAAUGAAGAAUGAACCCAAGAACUAUCCUGAACACCCGGACCGAUUUGACCACUGGCAGCAGGUGUUGUGCCGGGAUAGUGUGACUGGGACUCGUUACUACUGGGAGGUGGACUGGAGGGGAACAGAGAUAGAUGUGGCCGUUACCUACAGAGGAAUCCAUCGUAAAGGAAAUGCCAACGAAUGCAGCCUGGGCUGGAACGACAAGUCUUGGAGUUUGUACUGCUCUGACUCCAAAUUCUCCUUUGUGCACAACAAUAAAAGCAAAGACAUCGCAGGUCCGGUGUCACCUCGUAUUGGCGUUUACCUGGACCACGCAGCAGGAACGCUGGCGUUUUACAGUGUCUCUGAUAACAUGCGUCUUUUGCACAGAAUUCAGACCACAUUUACAGAGCCGCUCUACCCUGCAUUCAGUGUGUGGGGCUUUGGUACGACCAUAAGACUCUAAGAGAGGUAGCACUGAUAUGCUUCAGACUUACAUUCUCCUUAAAUUUGUGAAAUCUGGAACAUGGUGUUUGAUUCUGUAAAGUACAAUUUUAAUUGUAAUCACUGCUACUGAUUUAUUUGCCAUUUUAAAUAUGAAUCUAUACCAGAUAGCUCUCUGUGAUCUUGAUAAAAACCACACUGAAUGGAAAAUGACUCACAUUACUGGAAAUGACAUUGCUGUUGUUGUAGUUGCUGUUGUUAAUUAGUCUAUUAAUACAUUAUCCCUUCACCACUUUGGGGUGGGUUUUAUCUUGAUCAAGUAAGUGAUUAAGAAAAUGUAAUAUAAUCUUACCAUGUAAUAUUGACUGAUGCUGACUAUUUUAACAAAGGUAUAGUUUAUUAAUUCCUUAAAUGUCUUUGAAUUUGAUCAGCCAUUACCAGGAACGCAGGUAAACAGAUGACCUUUCACAUGCUAUAAACAGGGGUUUAGUAGGUGGGGAACCCUUAGAUCAGGUGUAGUGGUGCAGCGUGGGGAAGGGGGAUUACUUACUUUUUUGUGUACAGGCUAAGAUUAGCUGACCUGUGUUGCUACUCUGAUAUUCAGUGCUCUUUGUAGAAUUAGCCAACUGAAUUCAGCAAAAUAAAUAAAUGUUUCACAAGCUAUAUGACUGAUUUUCAACUCCUAGACCCUAGAAAGCAGAAUUCAGUAAGCAAAUGUAAUUGUCAUCUCCUUAUGUAUAAACUGAUGUCUGCUAUCCUUGAUACAACUGACCCUGAACACCACAGCCUGCUCUGCAACAGCAUAGCAUUGCAUAGCAAGCAUAGCGCAUUACUGUAAACUUCACCACAGUACUGCAAACUAGCCAGUUUACCUUCACUGAAAUGUACCAAACUGCCUAGUAUUUUAAUGCAAACACAAAAUGAAUUUAUUUAUAUUUAUUGUUUUGCAAGAUGCUCCACAAAAACAUAAACCAGCAACACAUCAUGUAUAGACCCAACAUCUGAUUUAAAAACUAUAAAUGAAGUCAGACAUGUAAGAUUUAAAUUUGCAGUUUUUAAAACUGCACUUGCUGAACAGUCCUUACC